UCUGAAUAAAUAGAGAAGAAGGAGAGUGGGGAGUUUUGAAGUUGGGCGGAAACCCUAGCUGCUAGAUAGGUGGUGAACAUCUUUCGAAUUCGGACUUUCAAUUUUGUUCAUUUUCCAUGGCGUCAUUCAACGAGGCUCCUCCCGGAGACACCAAAUCGGGAGAAAAGAUCUUCAAGAUGAAGUGCGCUCAAUGUCACACCGUCGAAAAAGGCGCCGGUCAUAAACAAGGCCCAAAUCUGAAUGGUCUAUUUGGAAGGCAGUCAGGAACAACUGCAGGUUAUUCAUACUCUGCUGCUAACAAGAAUAUGGCUGUUGCCUGGGGAGAGAAUACACUCUAUGAUUACUUGCUCAACCCCAAGAAGUAUAUUCCUGGGACAAAGAUGGUUUUCCCCGGGUUAAAGAAGCCCCAAGAGCGAUCUGAUCUCAUAGCUUAUCUGAAGGAAGCAACUGCCUGAUUUCAUUUAUCUGUUUCACAUUCUUUUCCAAUUGGAAACUGAUUAUAUUUGAAUAAGACCCAUUAAGGUCUCUCCUUGGAUGGUACACCAUUGGAAUGCUAAAUGGUGGAGAAAAAAGGUUUCUUUUGUUUGACUGAUAUUUUACUUCCAAUAGUUGUGAUGAAAGUUAUGGAUAUUUUGAUCA